CAUGGUGAAGUUUGCACCGCUGUUCAUGCCGUGGGAGCGCAGGCUGCAGACCUUCAUGGUCCUGCAGUGGGUCUUCUCCUUCCUGGCCCUGGCCCAGAUCUGCAUUGUGGUCUUCAUAGGCCUCCUGUUCACAAGAUUCUGGUUAGUCAGUGUCCUGUAUGCGACCUGGUGGUACCUGGACUGGGACAAGCCAUUGCAAGGGGGCAGGCCCAUCCAAGCCCUAAGGUGCUGCUUCCUGUGGAAGUACAUGAGGGACUAUUUCCCCAUCUCGCUGGUCAAGACUGCUGAGUUGGACCCCUCCCGGAACUACCUUGCGGGCUUCCACCCCCACGGGGUCCUGGCGGCCGGAGCCUUUGUCAACCUGUGCACGGACAGCACGGGCUUCCCUUCACUCUUCCCAGGCAUCCGCCCCCAUCUGAUGAUGCUGACCCUGUGGUUCCGGACCCCUUUCUUCAGGGAUUACAUCAUGUCGGGGGGGCUGGUUACGUCAGACAAGGAGAGCGCUGCUCACAUUCUGAGCAGGAAGGAAGGUGGCAAUCUGCUGGCCAUCAUUGUAGGGGGUGCCCAGGAGGCCCUGAACGCCAGGCCGGGAGCCUUCACGCUGUUGCUCCGGAACCGCAAGGGCUUCGUCAGGCUCGCCUUGAUGCAUGGGGCAGCUCUGGUGCCAAUCUUCUCUUUCGGGGAGAAUGAACUCUUUGACCAGGUUGAGAACUCCCCUGGCUCCUGGUUGCGCUGGAUCCAGAACCGGCUGCAGAAGAUCAUGGGCAUCUCCCUCCCGCUCUUCCAUGGCCGUGGUGUCUUCCAGUACAGCUUUGGUCUCAUACCCUACCGCCAGCCCAUCACCACUGUGGUGGGAAAGCCCAUUGAGGUGCAGAAGACACCGUACCCCUCGCAGGAGGAGGUGGACAAGCUGCAUCAGCGCUAUAUCAGGGAGCUGUGUGACCUCUUCGAAGCCCACAAGCUGAAGUACAACAUCCCUGUGGACCAACACUUGGAGUUCUGCUGAGCGCCUCCCCAGAGGGCAGGAUUGGCGUUAUGGAGCCCAGUGGAAGGUGCUAUGAUCUAAGAAGGCUUCCUGGAGAC